AUGACACAAUCAGCUCAACCCGACCAGGGUUCAUCCGAUCAAACAACUGCCGCACGACCAACAUCGGAUGCUAACUCUGUGGCACUGCCCGUCUCGCUUUCUUUCUCUUCCACCAUCUCCACCAUCUCUACCAGCGAAGUGCUCGACUCGUAUCAACCCAGCAACGCGGGGUCAGGUCUGCCUUAUCUCGACUCACUGCCAUCACUCGCUCCAUCGCGUAAUAGCCAGACACAGGCGACGGUACAACACCAAAGGGAGAGCAGAGCUUCCUCGGUCUUGUCGGCUGUAGCAUCGCCUCGUCUUGCUCCUCGUCCAUUCGAUUCUCCUUCACUCGCUCAUCUAACUCCCUCAAGGUCUUCGCUCGACGUGACUGCCGCUGCAGAGACAUCGACGCCCAAAGACGCGGGUCAAGAUUCGCCCACAAUAGCUAGAUCGACGUACGAUAGCCCAGACAUCUACAUCGACGUUCCUGGAAGCACCGCAUUCAAUCACGUCCAGGAGAACCAGAGGCUCGUCGCUGCCGACUCGCCAUCCACAUCCACUAAGCGCUUCUCCAAAGUCUUGCACGGCCUGGGCCUGUUUGGUUCUACUUCGAAGCGUAACUCGAGCCUCGUAAUGAAGAAGGCCUCUAAUCCUAAGCAUCUUCACAUCGAUACUUCGAUACCUGUGCAAGAUCCCGCUCACACCGAACAGCGCGGCAGUGCAGGCGGUCCCAGACUGUCGCCAAAGCCUCGAUCGGAAGCAGCAAGCCCUCUUCCUUCGCCUGGAGUUGUGUACAAGCCCCCCAUUGCACACCAUCUUGUAGGUGGGCUAGGUGUCAGUCAUGUACAGGGCCUUUCUUCAACGUCGAGCUUCGUAUCGCAAGAGGGCAAGUACCCCGCUGCACGAACCGACGCCUUUUCCACAGGUCUAGUACCUGUACUCAACAUUGACGAUUCGUCCAGCUCCAUCUACUCGCUCAAUAGCCCACGUCGACCGUACACCCCAGGCAGCUUCACAAAUGGACCUCGAACUCCCCUCUCUGCUACUGCUUCACCCUCUACUUCCUACUUUGAUGAGAAGAAGCUCGGAGGUGCAACUGCAUCCAUAAUCGAGGCGUCCCUAAACAGUUCGCCGUCAGCAACUGGCGCUACACACAAUAUCAAGAUGUGGGGCGACUACGAUGCCGAAUCGGAGCCGGACGACUACCUCCACGAGCCAGAUGCGGAAAAGUAUCGCAACGCAUCUAGUGCAAAGGAAAUGUUGUCACCGCGUGGCCUUCUCAACAUCGGAACGCUUACUGUCAUCGGUUUAGGCCUGAUUCUGCUGUUCGGUGGUUACCCCGUCAUCUCUUGGUUGUCUAGAUCCAAGGCGUCGACCAAAGGUGGCUUCAAUCUGGGCGGUGCCAACGCAACCGGCCAGGUGGCUGAUCUGAAAAUUGGCAGAGGCCUCAUCGAUCCGGAUACGCCCGAAAGUGUCAAGACGCGCACCACGCUCAAUGGCUCCGGUAAGAAGAUGAACUUGGUCUUUAGCGAUGAAUUCAAUCGCGAUGGGAGGAGUUUCUACCCUGGCGACGAUCCGUUUUGGACUGCGGUAGACCUGCAUUAUUGGGGAACAGAGAAUUACGAGUGGUACGAUCCCAGCGCUGUGACCACCGCGAAUGGGUCGUUAGUCAUCACGCUGGACGAGGUUCCGACGCACAACCUGAAUUUCAGGGGCGGAAUGCUGCAAUCCUGGAACCAAUUUUGCUUCACCGGUGGGUAUAUUGAGGUAUCCAUGGUGCUACCUGGUGCACCUGAUGUUGCUGGUCUGUGGCCGGCUGCUUGGACGAUGGGCAACCUUGGGCGUGCCGGGUACGGUGCUUCCACCGAUGGAAUGUGGCCAUACACGUACGACUCGUGCGAUGUUGGCACGCUUCCCAAUCAGACCUACGUCAACGGUACAGGACCGAUUGCUGCCCAAACAACGGGUGUCUACGUCGAGAAAUACGGUCCUUAUCUCUCCUACCUUCCCGGUCAGCGAUUGAGUCGAUGCACGUGCAACAGCUCGAAUGACCACCCUGGACCACGCCACGCCGAUGGCACGUGGGUUGGUCGCUCAGCGCCCGAGAUCGAUAUCAUCGAAGCUGCCGCUUCUCACACGCGUGGAUCGCGCGGUCACGCCUCCAUGUCUGCGCAGAUCGCCCCCUUCAACACGGGUUACAACCUCACAGACGGACCUGGCACCACCGAAUUUUUCUCCGACGAUGCAGCGCUCAACUCGUACACCGGCUCGCCCCUGCAACAAGCAGCAUCUGGUUUGGUUUAUACAAAGCGUGGCGCAUACCAAGAAACGCUGGGUCAAUUUUCGUCCUAUGGAUACGAAUACAAUCCGGGCUCCGACCCUGACUCUUACAUUCUCUGGACGCUGGACGGCGCACCAAUGUGGCAACUCAACUCGAAAGCGCUUGGUCCAGAUGCAGGCACCCAAAUCAGUCAACGACCUAUCCCGUACGAACCCAUGUACAUCCUGCUCAACCUGGGGAUCUCGUCGAGCUUCACCACGGUAGAUUGGCGUCAUCUGAAUUGGCCGGCGAAGAUGCUGGUCGAUUACGUGAGGGUUUGGCAAGUCGAGGGUGAGGAGAACAUCGGUUGCGAUCCGGAGAAUGCCCCGACUGCGGCGUACAUUGAAGCGCACAAAGAGGUGUAUUACAACGCUAACCUGACGACCUGGACAGAGCCGAAAGAAAAAGGAGGGUACGGUGCCAAGUUCCCGGGCAACUCGAUGCUUGGCCAGUGCUGA